CCUCACUAUCCCUCCCGUUGUCCCCUUCUACUCCCUCUCUUCAACCCACUCACCUCUUCCCUUCACUUACGAUCUUUUCCCUUUAAUUCUUUGCUUCAGACAUGUCCCCUGCUGAGCUAUAGAGGGCUGCAGCUUCGGCUGCAUCUUUGUCACCAUUCUUCGUGGCAAAGGCCAACUCGAUCUAGGUGCACAUCUCCCACACCGCCCGACAACGCCCCGCUAUGCCUCACAAGCAGAAGAAGAAUUUCAACAAUGCCUCCAAGAACGGCUCUCCCCGAGUGGAGAAGAAGCAGCUCGUUCCAGACUCGCCGCCAUUCUCGUCCCCCGUACUAGCUCCUACCAAUUACCAGGAGAUCCACCAGAAUGAAGUUGAAGCUUUGCGCUCCAUCUACGGCGAUGAUUUUGAAGAGGUACAGCACAGGCGCUCCGCCUGGCAGCAAUCCUCUGGGGUCGCGUUUAAGCUUCAUCUACGAGCGCUGUCCAACCCUGAGGUCCACCUUGAAUUGCUGGUCGAGCUGCCGACCACCUACCCCAAGACCCUUCCCAACAUUUCCCUGGAAAACCUAGACGACCUCCGGAAAGGCGCUCGAUCGAGAAUACAAGACAUUGUCCGGAACAAGCCGAAGACCCUCCUGGGCUCCGAGAUGAUCUAUGAGCUCGCCGUGUCCAUCCAGGAUGUCCUUGAAGACGUCGCGGAGGCGCAGGCCCAGGACAAGGAUCUCCCCAGUCUAGAGGAGGAGCGAAUGGAACAAGAAGCUGCCGCCAAUCAGCGCGCAGAGUUGGAGCGACAGGAGGAGCUCCGGAAACAGGAGGCUGCCACAGCAGAAGAGGAACGUGCCCUGCAGCAGCUCUUGGAGGAUAAGAUCCGAGAGCGGACAAAGGCACGGAUAUCUCGACGUAAAAGUCGCACUUCUGGAUUGGAUGCGAUUGGCGACACGGAUGCUAUGGGUAAUAUUCCCGGCGCGAUCACCUUCGAUCCACCGUUAGCCAUGACGGACACAGACCAGGCCACUCUGGUCUUCCGAGCUGUUUACGGGAAAUCACUCCUUCAAAGCGGUCCGGCGAAGGACACAUUCACCGUCCGACCUGUCGUCUCCGACAAUCGGUCCCAUGCGCCUCUUUUGGUCCUGAAAGAAGUUUCACUGGAUGAGAAGGACAUUGAGCCUCUCGCAUUUCGAGAGAAGAUGCGCUCGAGCGAGGACAGGCUGGAAGGCCUGAAGAAACUACGCCACCCGAAUCUUGUCGACUUUGUUGGGUUUAAGAUAUCCAGACCCUUGGGUGUGCAGGAUACUCGGGACAGCAUCUGGACAGUCUAUGCCCUGCUCGAAUAUUCGAAUAAAGGAACACUGGCCGAGUUUCUGGACAUUGUGGGGACUGUACCCGUUGAAGUACUCCGCAGCUGGACGAUUCAGUUGCUGGAAGCUCUGGAGUUCUACCACCGCAGUGGAUUUGUCCAUGGCAAUAUCCAUUGCGGUCGCAUCCUGCUCUUCCGAACUCCGACCGGAGGGACGAUUGUUAAAUUGCGAGCCGCAAUUGAAGAGGCUCUUCCCGAUUCUCCCGCUAGCAAGCGGUUGCUAACGACGUCGAAGUCACCAUUCUGGAUGCCGCCCGAAUUGACAUCGGACGGUGCACCGCCAACUAUGAAGACUGACGUUUGGGACUUGGGUAUUGCCUUUUUGCAAAUGGGGUUCGGAAUGGAUGUGCUGCAGCGUUAUACAUCGGCCAAUGCGCUGAUGGGAACACUCGGCCUAUCGACUGCCCUGCAGGACCUGCUCCAUGAGUUCUUCAGGCCUGACCCAAAGAAGCGGCCUACUGCUUUUCAACUGCAGCCUUCGGAAUUCUUCCGUGUUGAUACGCCUUUAAUUGCUCGCACAAGUGCUUCAAAUUCAAUCUCCUUGCCGAGGCGUCCACGCCUCGAUUCUUUCGGCGGCUUGCCUGCCUUUUCGCGGUACAACCAGGAUUUUGAUGAAGCUGGAAGAUUGGGGAAAGGAGGAUUUGGCCAGGUGGUUAAGGCGAGAAAUAAGCUCGAUGGUCGCUUUUAUGCGGUCAAAAAGAUCGCUCAGAAGUCUACCGCGGCGCUGAAAGACACAUUGUCGGAGAUCAUGCUGCUGUCCCGCCUAAAUCACCCAUACGUAGUACGCUACUAUACUGCGUGGAUUGAGGAGGAUUAUGAUUACGUAGACGAGGAAGCCAUCUCUUCCACGGGGAGUGACAUCUCCGCUAGUCGGGACACGCGGGCCUAUGAUUAUAGCACAGGCGGGCUUGAUUUUAUCAGCUCCAGCGGGUACCCUAAGAUUGAGUUUGGCUCCGACAGCGAUGAGGAUAAUGACGGAACCUUGUCGAACGGAGACCGAGAUGACAUGUCCGAGACCUACGACACCGAGAGCGGCACAAGCAGGGUGCUCAGUCGGACGAGGUCCGGUUCCCAGGGUAGGCCCGUGCUGACCACGCUCUUUAUUCAGAUGGAGUACUGCGAGAAGCAUACUCUUCGCGACUUGAUAAGGAAUGGUUUGUAUGACGAUGUCGACCGGUCCUGGCGUCUGUUCCGGCAAAUCCUGGACGGGCUGACCCAUAUCCACGGCCAUGGCAUCAUCCAUCGUGACCUCAAGCCAGACAACAUCUUCAUUGAUGUAGCCAAUAACCCCCGCAUCGGAGACUUUGGCCUGGCCACCAGUGGCCAGUUCACGACAGCUGUGCGCUCUUCUUCCGCCGCAGACUUUGAAGGCAAUUUCACUCGCAGUCUGGGCACAACAUACUAUGUCGCCCCGGAAAUGAAGUCUGGCUUCACAGGCAACUACAAUGACAAAGUCGAUAUGUAUUCUCUGGGAGUCAUCUUCUUUGAGAUGUGCCAUUCCUUACCCACCGGUAUGGAGCGUGACCAGACCCUGCGGGCUAUACGGGAGAAGCACCACACUUUGCCAUCCACGUUUCAGGAUUCAGAGAAGGUGGUGCAGGGCAGGAUCAUCGAGUCAUUGCUCAGCCACAACCCGAGCGAACGUCCUUCCGCCUCGGAUCUGCUGCAUAGCGGACAGAUCCCUCUGCAGGUCGAGGAAGAAACCUUCAGGCGUGCGAUCAUGCAUCUACUCUCGGAUCCUAAUUCGCCUGACUACAAGAAGAUCCUAUCCGGGAUCUUCUCCCAGUCGCCAAAGAAGUUUGAAGACAUCGCCUGGGAUAUGGACUCGCGCGGGACCCCAGGAGCCAACGAGUUGCUGAUUCAAGGGCUGGUCAAAGAAAAGCUGACCUCGAUCUUUCGCCGGCACGGAGCAGUGGAAACCCCACGGCAGAUGCUGUUCCCCAGGUCUCAACACUACAACAACGGCGCCGUCAGAUUGCUCGACUCUUCUGGCAACUUGCUUCAGCUGCCCUUCGAUCUGACCAUGCCGAACGCGCGUGCUAUUCCACGGCAAGACCCUUCACUGGAAAAAACCUUUGCGUUUGGAACCGUCUACCGAGAGCUACCCCAUGGUGGCGAGCCCAGGACCCAUAAAGAGGUCGAUUUCGAUAUCGUAUCACACAACGCUUUGGACCUGGCAUUGAAAGAAGCCGAAGUCAUCAAGGUGCUCGAUGAGAUCAUCGAAGAAUUUCCUCCCCUGAGAUCUUCACCCAUGUGCUUCCUGAUCAAUCAUUCGGACCUGCUUCAGCUGAUCAUGGAGUUCUGUCGGGUAACGCCGUCUCAGAUCCCGCGUGUCAAGGAAGUUGUCAGCAAACUGAACGUUGGGAAGUGGACCAUGCAGAAAAUCCGGAGUGAGCUUCGCUCCCCGGCCAUCGGUGUUGCCUCCACCUCGCUGGAUGACCUGGCUCGGUUCGACUUCCGAGACUCCCCCAAGCAAGUUCAGAAACGACUGCGGGUUAUCAUGCAGGGCACAGAGUUUGCCGAGCGCUUGGCACCCAUCUUUGUUCGCAUCAACCUACUUGUAGCUUAUCUGCAAAACUUCGACGUCAAGCGGAAGGUCUACAUGAAUCCUCUUGGAAGUCUCAAUGACAAGUUCUUUCGAGGCAGUAUUCUUUUCCAGUGUGUCUUUGACAGCAAGCGACGUGAUGUCUUUGCAGCAGGCGGGCGAUAUGACUCGCUGGUCCAAGAGUUCCGCCCCAAGGUCUUGGCGAGUCGCUCUCAAGCGCACGCUGUCGGCUUCAAUUUGAGCUGGGACCGUCUCAGCUCGUCUAUGCUUGAAUAUCUGGGGACACCUGCUAAGACUCCGACAAAACAUAUUGAUAUGGAGACUGGAUCUUUCUGGAAGACACGAAGGUGCGAUGUGCUUGUCGCAAGUUUCGAUCCCACCGUAUUACGUACGAUGGGCAUCAAAAUCGUCCAGGAUCUAUGGCUCAAUGACGUCAGUGCAGAGCUGGCUGUGGAUGCCUCCUCGCUAGAGGAACUUCUGAAUAAGUACAGAGACAACAGCCAUGGCUGGAUUGUCAUUGCCAAGCAAGACAGUCAGGAGAGGGGCUUCAAGGUCAAGAGUCUCUUCCCAAGGGAAGAGUACGACAUUCGGGGUUCUGAACUCGUGCCUUGGCUUCGAAAUGAGAUCCGUGCGCGCUACCAACGUGAUGGCGCAGUCGAUCCUCUCCGGCAGUCUCGUCUACCCAGUCAGGCGGACCCAGGACCUUCAUUCAAUGAACGGUUCAGCGAUGUGCGCAUUCUUGUACCCCAGCACCGGAGCAAGAAGUCGAAUCGUCGGAAUAUAGUCGAGUCGGCCUUGUUCCGAUCUCGCGAGGUGGUCGAGGAUGCAUUAAACGGCCCAGUUGCCGCCAUAGAUACCCGCGAUGAGCUACUAGAGGCCAUCAGGGACACUCGUCUUUCGGAUCCGGAAAGUUGGCGCGCGGUCAUUCAAAAUGCACCCUUGACGGAACGAAAGUAUCUCACGCAGGUCCAUGAACUGCUGCUCGACCUUGCCAACGAGAGCCGUGUAGAUGGGAUGGAGAGUUUCAGCAAUGCGUUCAUAUAUAACUACCGUACAGGGUCAUGCAUCUAUUAUGACCUCGGAUGUGGAAACGACAGGUGAUUGAUGUGAGAUGUUGCAUGUGUUAUGUGUCUUUGUAUCUGCUGUUCGAAUCUCUUCUCUAAGUAUACCCACGAUUAUGCCAUGCAAACAAGCGUUUAUAUUAGCCAUCAAUAGAAGCCAUAUAAUGGAUGAACCCAGUA